AACAGUAAACUAUCACUAAAGCUCUAAGCUCGCAAUAAUACAGUUCGACGUCGAGACCAUGUCAUCGCAUGACACAAACAAUACAUAAUCUCCUAUAAAUAGGCUUCACCCUAGUCUACCUAGCUCAAGCCUCAGCUAGCUAGCGCUAGAUCGACUACUAACUGACUAGGUAAGGCAACAACAAUGGCGAUGGCGAGGGUGGCCACGGCGGCGCUAAUGGUGGCGGCCGCCGUACUGCUGGGGCUCGCCGGCGCCGGCCACGCGCAGCUGCAGAACGGGUUCUACAAGGGCAAGUGCGGCGCCAACGACGUGGAGGCCGUCGUGCAGGGCAUCGUCCGUGCUCGCUUCGCCCGCGACGCCCCCAUCGUCGCCUACCUCCUCCGCAUGCAGUUCCACGAGUGCGCCGUCAAUGGAUGCGACGGCGGGCUGCUGAUCGACGGGCCAGGCACGGAGAAGACGGCGUCGCCGAACCUGAGCGUGAAGGGGUACGACCUCAUCGCCGACAUCAAGGCGGAGCUGGAGAGGCGGUGCCCCGGCGUGGUGUCCUGCUCCGACAUCCAGAUCCUCGCCACCCGCGACGCCGUCGUGCUCGCCGGCGGGCAGCCGUACGCGGUGCGCACGGGGCGGAGGGACCGCCGCCAGUCGAGGGCCUCCGACGUGGUCCUGCCGGCGCCGGACAGCACGGCGGCGCAGACCGUCGCCUACUUCGGCAAGCUCGGGCUGAGCGCGUUCGACGCGGUGCUCCUCCUGGGCGCGCACACCGUCGGCGCCACGCACUGCGGCGUGAUCAAGGACAGCCGGCUGUACAGGUACGGCGGCCGCGCCGGCGCGACGGACCCGGCGCUGGACCCGUACUACGCGUUCGUGUACAAGACGUGGGUGUGCCCCAACGCGGCGGCGUCCGACGGCAACGUGGUCUUCCUCGACGACCAGUGGAGCGCGCUGCGGGUGGACAGCAACUACUACAAGCAGCUGCAGCGCCGCCGCGGCGUGCUCCCCUGCGACCAGAACCUCUACGGCGACGGCUCGACGCGGUGGAUCGUCGACCUGCUCGCCAACUCCGACCUCUUCCCGUCGCUCUUCCCGCAGGCGCUCAUCAAGCUCGGCGAGGUCAACGUGCUCACCGGAGCUCAGGGAGAGAUCCGCAAGGUCUGCAGCAAGUUCAACUAAUUAAUUAACUGAUUUGAUGGCCAUUCUUCGGUGCUCGAUCGUACAGUUCGUCCUAUUUUUUGUUCUCCUCAUAUGAUCAUCAGAUAUCCAUAUGAUCGAUGCAUUAUGCGGUUAUGCCCUUGCCAUCUUUUUGUUAACUUUCGUUUGAUUCAUUUAAUUUAACCGUGACAUACUGGUCGAUGCAAUAACGUAUGCACGCAUGUACACCAAGUUUUGUAUGCAUGUAUGAUUUGAAGUAUCAAAUAAUUUGGAAGUGAAAUUCAC